UAAGUCAAGACUAGGAAGAAGAAGUAAUACCAGGAACGAGGCAGACAUGCCGGCGGCAACUGAGUUUUAAAGUCAGCGGCUAGUAACAUGCCUCCCCAAGCUGCAGGAAUAAAUUCCAUGUCUGAAGAUGGCCCAGAAAUUAAAGCCAUUAAAGAAGUUACAACGCCUACCUUAGUUGGGAUAUGUAUAGGGAGCGCUGUCUUCGUCUUCACGUUGGCGGCAGUCACGUGCUUCUGUUACAGACGUAAAGCUGCUCAGAAGCUGUCAUCUGUCUUCAAAAAAAAUGUUCAGGAACAACCUGUCGUGCUGCGGAAACCCACGGCCUUGAAAACCCCUAGCAGCGGACCCGGGGGGUUCAAGAAAAGUCCUAGCCCGACAGGACAGAAAUCUAUUUCUUCUCAUAAAUCCCCUUCUAAUUCCCAAGAUUUGGACCGAAGAACAACUGACACAUUGAAGCCUCAGUCAGCUGGUAACCUCGAAUGCCAACAAUUAGUUACCAAAUGUCACACAGAAAACGAAAAUGUAAAUCCUCCAAGUCCUGUUAAAGAAGAGAAAGAAGGGAAAGAUAGAGAGAAAGAAGACAUUAAGGAAAAGAACAGCAAGCUUGGUGAACUCCACUUUCGACUCAAAUACACGCCAGAAAAGCAUUCUCUACUAGUUACAAUUGUUCGGUGCACAGAUCUUCCACCAAAGGACUUGAACAGAGGAACGUCUGACCCGUACGUUAAACUUCUCCUGCUUCCGGAUAAACAACAUAAAGUAAAGACCAGAGUCCUCCGAAAGACCUUAAAUCCUAACUACGACGAGGAGUUUACAUUUUAUGGCAUUAAUCCUAACCAGCUUCAAGCUACCACCCUGCACUUUGUAGUUCUCAGUUUUGAUAGAUAUUCCAGAGAUGACAUCAUUGGGGAAGUGGUCUAUCCCUUCAAUGACACUGACUUCGAAGAAUUGGAAAAACAGAUAUCAUUGACCAAAGAAAUCUCUCCACGGGCACUAAAGAUUCGGUCACAGGGAAGAGGGGAACUGUUGGUGUCUCUGUGUUACCAACCUGCUGCCAAUAGAUUGACAGCUGUGGUGUUGAAAGCUCGAAAUCUUCCAAAGAUGGAUGUAACUGGGAUAAGCGAUCCUUACGUGAAACUGUAUCUUCUGUAUAAAAACCAGAGAGUUGCUAAGAAGAAGACACACGUGAAGAAGCGCACUGUAAAUCCUGUGUUUAAUGAGUCUUUUGUUUUUGAUGUCCCCAAUGAUGAAGGAAUGGAAUCCAUUGGACUGGAAUUUCUUGUCCUAGACUGGGAUCGUGUCACAAAGAAUGAAGUGAUCGGGAGACUGGUUCUUGGGCCUCGGGUAGGGGGCGCUGCCGAACAGCAUUGGCAAGAAGUUCGGAAUUCCCCACGGCGACAAAUAGCGGAGUGGCACAGACUUAGGGAAUGAAAGGGUUAUCAUUUUUGGAGGCCUUUUAACCUUUUUUGUGUUUAUAUAUAGAAGUUUUGCAGAAAGUAAAAGGGAAAGUAUACUCUCUGUUAUUAACGUGUUUAUCGUAUUAGUGACCAUUCGCAUUAAUAUUUGAUUGUAAUUUUGUGUCAAAACUAUAUAUAUUGAAUUAAGUUGACAGCAGCGUAUUCCAGUAAAAUUUAUUUAAUUUUAGAAUGCGAUUGGAAAUUGCUUGAUAUAGUUAAUGGAUAAAAUACAUAUUUGAUUUUUUUGUUUUUAGAAAAGUUUUCAUGGCAAAAAGAACUAAAUGUAGGUAUUGUGUCAUUGUACAGUAUUAAUACAUAUAUAGUGUUCGUGCGACGUAAAAUUAUUAUUUUGUGAAGUUUUUGAAAACUUUCAAUAGUUUUUACUCAUUUAUGACAUAAUCAUGCACGCACCUAGUAAUACAUGCGAACAACGCACUGUUUUCCCAAACCAUUUAUAUUUACUUCGUAAGAUGUGCUUGAGAUUGUGUCGCUUUCAUUGUUGUGCUAUAAGAUAAAAUAGCACUGUUUGUUUUACAGUAAGUCUACCCGACAGGUAGUUAACCACAGUGGUAAGAAAAAACAGACUCUGUCGAUCAACUGUUUACCUGUUUGGUAACUUUAAUGUAGAGUCAAAUAACAUGUAUAUAAAAAGCAAAGUAAAUAGCUGCACCAUUUUGUACAACAAUAACCUCUCCCGAGUGUUGACAAAUAUACCUUGAGUAACGGUUUUACAUGUAAAAAAGUCUUAAGGUGAAAAGUGUCAAAGAUAUUUUCCAGUGACUUGGUAUAUGUUUAAAGAUAGAAACUGUGAUAAGGAUUAUCGUUGCUAGUCAGUGAUUAAUUCAAUGAAAUUAUGUUCUUUAAUAAAGUUGUAUAUCUAGCAGUAGAAAUCAGGAUUUUCAAAGUUUACAACAUUCCUCGAGUUGAAGGAUAGUAGAAUUUUCUUGUAAUAAUAAACUCAACAGCUACAAUUAUAGUCACAAGUUAUAUUUAUGGUACAUUAAUGACAUCUGUAGAGGGCCUUUUCAAGUUUCAAAAUGUCGUCUGCAGUAACAUGACAAUAGCAUUUUCACAACAAUAAAAUGGUUUAAAAACUCUUAACAAUACAUGCUAAUUAACUAAUUAUUUAAUUUCUGUAGUACAUAUUGGUGUAUAAAAGACAUUUAUUACUAGAAAUAAACGACCUUCUAACACCAAAUUGUUGUUUUUCUUCAAAUAAACAUUCAACGUUUUGCUUUACAGCUUUACAGUUACCGUUUGUGUUUUAGUGGAACGCUCCUGAAGAAGCUGUAAAGCGAAAUAUUGAGUGUCUAAUUUGGUGUUACAAGGUCGUUUAGUUGUAUUAAUACACACUAAUAUUUUGUAUUUAAUAUGUAUUUGAAGUUCUAUAAUAUCAGUACAAGACAGUUUAUAUUGACAGUAUAAUAUAAUAGAUUUUCUUGCAAAAGUGGGAGGUAGAUCUUUACUAAGAAUACAAAAGAAUGUUUUUAGAAUAAUUAUAAAACUGAAGAAAACUACGAUAUAAUUUAGUUGUGAAUGUUUAAACAACAAUGAUGUUAUUGUAACAAAGAUAUCUUUCGUGGGGUGAUUAAAAUUGAUACAGUACUGUACAUACAUUACAAAAUUUCUUAUUUCUGCAGGAAUUAAAAGCACUUUAAAAGUGGGGGAAAUAUCUUGCGUACCGUUUUAACAAUAGUUAAUAUUUAGUUGUGAAUGUUUAAACAACAAUGAUGUUAUUGUAACAAAGAUAUCUUUCGUGGGGUGAUUAAAAUUGAUACAGUACUGUACAUACAUUCAAAAUUUCUUAUUUCUGCAGGAAUUAAAAGCACUUGAAAAGUGGGGGAAAUAUCUUGCGUACCGUUUUAACAAUAGGAACAAAACUGCAAAUGCCGUUGAAAUAGAAAGCAGAUUGUGAGGAAUGCAUGUAGCUAAAAUAUACAAAUGAAACAAUUUUAUCCAUAGCUUAUAAGCAUGAAAUUUUCUUAUUUAGGUUACAUAGUUAUCUUUCUACUGGGAUUCUACCUGACUGUUGUUGUUUGAGUCAAGGAUACAGCUAUGUAAUAUGACGAUAACGAAACUUGACAGGUUUUGUUAAUUUUAUUUUUCAGUGACUUACACUUUCUGUAGCGUAGAAGUCUUAUUUGUAUAAUUAUUAAAACGUUUUGACAUGGAUUAUGAAUUUGGAACUGUGCCGCUUACUUUGAUAUAUCAAACCAUUAAAGUAAUUAAAUGGAACAGGUCAGUUGUUCCUUGGGAUUCCAUGUGCAAUCUUUUAAAUCUUGAGGAAUGUUGAAAGGAACUUUGGUUUUUAGCUACUCCUUCUCACACUAAAUCGAACUUGGCUUUAUUAGAUACAGUCAAUAAAAAUAUAAAAAUUCAAGAACUUUUAAUUUUAAAAACCGUAGAGUUUAGAGGUUGAAGCAAAACGACAAUUUAUCAAGUCAAAGCUGCCCAAUAAAUCGUUAGUCGUCAGAACAAUAUCUCUCUAAACUAUUGUACAAUUUAGUUUUAUUCAGAAAAAUUUCAGCCAACUUCAAUCAUAGUUAACGUUUUUAUAUAAUCAUAUCAUUUGCCAGCAAAAUAUAAGCAUAAAGAAAAAGUAAUUCGUUUUAUCAGACAAUAUACACUAGAGCAAAUGUAAAUCUAAUAACAUGUUAGACUAAAGGUUCGCUAAUUAUUUUUUUCUGCUUAUUUGUCUUCACCUUUCGUAGCUUUCUACUCUAACAGCUAGUAUCUGCAUGUUCUUAUAUGAAUAUAAGCAUCAGAGUCUUAGUUAUAUACAUGGGUGAUUGACAAGUGUUUUAAAGAUACGUCUUGUUAAUGACAUUUUAAAGCAACUUGAUACCUUUGUUUAUCCAAAUUUAUAUGAAGGUCAAUGAACAUGUUGUUAAGAAAUACCACAGAGCUCAACAUUUGUAAAAUAUUAUUCUAUACAAUAUUUAUUUAAUAAUUUAUUUUUGCAGUGAUGUCUUUUCUAACUUUGUCAUUUUUUUCUUAACUGACUUAAUUUUGUGUGCAAGUAACGUGAUGAUAUUUUAAUCUUGUUAGUAGUUAUUUUCAAGUCAUUGGGCUUUACACCACAUUACAAAAACUGUUACCAAUGAAGCUUCAAAGUGUAAUAAUCUUCUAUUUUUAUUUAAUUUUUGUAACAUUUCUAUGCUUAUUAUAAUUAUAACUUUAGUGUAAAUCAGGCUCCCAUUAUAUGCGAUGAUUAAUUUUAAUUAUUGCCCACAAGAUUUGAAUUAAGAGCAUGUUUUGUCUUAAAUUUUUUUUUAAAUCACUAAAUGAGACUAACAUUGCCAUGGUUUUAAGCCAAUGGCAUGUCUUUACUUGCGAAGUUUAUUAUUGUUUAAACCUAUGUUACUUGUAUCCUGUAAUUUCUAUCUGUUGUGACAGUUACAGUAAAGAACUUAAAAGAUAACAGUUAUAUUUAAUUCAUUGUAAUUACCUGUUUUAAUUGAAAUAUUUCAAUAAAUGAUCCGUUGACUAAACCCUAA